AUGGUAGUAUCAAGAUGGGUACGGAUAGCACGAGUUGCUCGCUCAUAUCCUCGUUGGGUAUGGAAUAAUUGGCCCUUACAUUUCGUUGGUGUUGUAUUUUGCUUUGUGCCGAUGACUGUUAUAGUUAUGUAUGAUAUCUGGAAGUACGGCGCAGGAUAUGAUUCCAUGCCUUAUUAUCGGAAGUAUUACCAUGUCGUACGCCCUGAUGAUCCGAUUGCCGUAAAAUGGAGACCUCCUGAAGAUUACCCAGCACCAUUUGAAACAAAUCGCGCAAAUCGCUGGCCAAUUUCCUACUGGAAAGACUAUGGAUUUGGCUUGAGAAAAUGGAAGGAUUAA